GGCAGUAAAAAUCAUUCGUCUCCCUGGACACAAACAUUUAUCGAUACACGCAUAAGUUUGAAUUGCAGAACAACUCUCUGCGCUCGGUCGGUUUCUCCGAUGGCGGCGUCAAACCUAUGGCUCUUCUCUAUACUCCUAGCCCUAAUUCUCACAACGACUACGGCAGUUUCAGCAACGGAAGACGAUAAUCUUCCCAAAUCAGAGAUUUCAGAUUCAUCAUUGAAGAUCGAACUCGACCAACUUAAUUCAAAGAUCACCUUUCUAGAAUCCAGCAUUGAUGAGAGAUCCCGUGAAUUGAAAAGCAAUGACGAGAUGAUCAAACAGAUGGAGAAGAUUAUUCACGAAAAAUCAGCUACCAUUGCAAUUUUACAUAGUGAGAUACAAUCACUCCAGCAACAGGGAUCUUUAGAUGCUAAAGAGCAGAUAGACAAGGCUCAUGUGCGUGCUGUUGAACUUGAGAAGCAGAUUGACAAACUUGAAAAGGAAAUAGAAAGGCAGAACCAGAAAAAAGAUGUUUUAGAAGCCCGAGCAAAUGUAGCUGAGAAGAAAAUCCUGGAAGUGAACUCAAAAAUAGAAAAUCUCCAAAGGAUCAAUGAUGAACAGAAGAGUAGAAUUCGUAAAACAGAACGUGCUCUUAGAUUGGCAGAGGAAGAAAUGAUGAAAGCUAAAUUGGAGGCCACUUCAUUUUCUAAAGAUUUGAUAGAGGUUCGUGAAGCUUGGCUCCCGCCUUGGCUUGCAGUUCAUUUAGUUCAUUGCCAGUCUUUUAUAGCGACUCAGUGGAAGGAGCACGGAAGACCAGCGUUGGAUGUGAUGGUUCGAAAGGCAUUGGAAAAGAAAGAUCAAGUACAGAAGUGGGCCGAGCCCCACAUACAAACAGUCAAAACUAAAUGGAUCCCAAUUAUCAAGGAGCAUUGGUUGACAUUUGUAACUAAUAUUGAACCACAUGUGCAAUUACUGAGUGCUAGAACCAUUGAGGUUUACCAUGCAUCCAAGAAUUCGAUCGAACCACAUGUUGUCAAAGUACAAGAGAUGGUGGACCCAUAUAUUCAGGAAGCUAAGAAGUUCACAAAACCAUAUGUUGAUCAAGUCGCAACAGUAACAAAACCUCAUGUUAAUAAAGCACGUGUAACCUUGAAGCCCUAUACGAAGAAAGUAUUGCGUACUUAUAGGAAGUUCAUGAAAACUGCUUCUAUAUAUCAUAGCCAGGUCCAAGGUACCAUUCAUGAGUCGCUUGAAAACAACGAGUUCACAAGACCAGUUGCAUCUAAGGAGCUGUCGUGGUUUAUGGCCUCUGCUUUAAUGUCCCUUCCUGUUCUCUUUCUUUUUAAACUGUCUUCGAACAUUUUCAGUAAAAAGCCAAAGAAGCGUACCCGUAAUUCCCAUACAAGCCAUGCACGUCGUAGGCCUAAACGGGUACAUCCUGACAAGUGAGGAGUUGCAGAUAACUCAUUGCGUUUUAAAUAUUCAAGGAGAACUGCUAUGACUUGCUGCAAUACGUGAACUCGACUUAGAGAUGGUUUUUAUUCUCGAGUCGGAUGCUGCAUUGAGGUUGAACCCCUUUGCGGGCAAAAGAAGGAAGGCUUGAAAUCUGUAACAGAAGAGAACUAAACUAUUACACUAGAUAGGGUUAGAAAUUCCGGAAUUGUGGAGGUUGUUGAUAUUUAUGUUGUAGCUUUAUUUCCCUUUCGUACAUUGAAUAGAUUACAGGCGAAAUGGUGGAGACUCUGUUUAUAAUCUCAUAUGAUCAUUAUGAUACCUUGAACUUCCUUUUUGUAAGUUCAUUUGGUUUCUCUGUCGAGACUCUGAGAUUAGUAUUGUUAGCAUAAAACUGCAACAUUACUUUUGCCCCCGUGUGCUAUAGUGCUCAAGCAUUAUAAAAUGUUUCAUUAUCAUUAUUAUUAUUAUUUUAUUAAUUGCAAAAAAAUUAUCUUGUGUUA